GGCAGUCACAGCACACACACAUCGACCUGACUGACAUGCCACAACUCACCACAGUGCAGGGCGGGCAGCAUAGCAGAGGAUAAUUACUCCUGGACAUCUCAUAUCAUGCACACAUACAUGAUAACGUGAAUGGAUGAGUACUCCUACCACCAGGACUGCCUGCUACUACAUUGUUAUUGUUAGUACCUGCUGUAAGGGGCGCAUGUCUAUCAGAGAGGACGCCGAGAACAGAAUACUCUGUAUCUGUAGCCUGUUGCGCACACUGGCAACCCCGCAGCGGUGAAAAUGGAACAGCAUUGGCACGUUACAGGGCGCCGCGGGGUCCAGGCCACAGAGCUAGGAGAGAAAGGUAGAGAGAGAGAUGGAGGGAGGGAAGGCCAAAACAAAAGAGAACAAAGUUCCCAAUUUGGGUUGACCCCUCAUUAAUCCCCGCGACGGCCGUUCCAACGGCGCCGGCCCUGCUGCUGUCUCUCCAUCUACAUCUGCCAUUUUGCUAGUGUUACCAUUGUACCCCCAGCCUAUCUUUACCACAGACCUUGAUUAAACGAAACGAAUCCUACGCUUUUAGCGCGACUAAUCUCCUACAGCACACUCAGACACACUGCUGCGGCUGCUGGUACUACUACUCGUCCAGAGCCCAUCGCCCCUAUAUAAAUCCCCCCCUCGCUUUCUCUCCUCUCCUCUCACCUCACCACGUCUCGCCCCUUGCCACCUCACGCGCUCUCCUCCUCUGUUCUCCUCUGCUUCUUCGGUUCUUCUCUGAAAAAAAGACUGAGACCGUAAGGAGGAAGAAGAGGAAGGAGAAUCAUACAUACACGCAUAAUUGCCGGAGCCUCGGGUUGGGUUCCUCGUUGCGUUCUGACGGCGGAUGAUGGGUUGGUGGUGGAUCGCGGCGGCGGCGGCGGCGUGCGCGGCGGCGUACAUGGCGGUGAAGCUCCUGGAGGUGCUGUGGUGGCGGCCGCGGCGCGUGGAGGCGCACUUCGCCCGGCAGGGGAUCAGGGGUCCGCCCUACCGCUUCUUCAUCGGCUGCGUCAGGGAGAUGGUGGCGCUCAUGGUGGCCUCCUCCGCCAAGCCAAUGCCGCCCCCUUACCGCUCCCACAACGUCCUCCCCCGCGUCCUCGCCUUCUACCACCACUGGAAGAAAAUCUACGGUUCCACGUUCCUCAUAUGGUUCGGCCCGACGCCGCGGCUCGCUGUCGCCGAUCCCGACCUCAUCCGGGAGAUCUUCAUCUCGCGCGCGCAGCAUUUCGACCGCUACGAGUCACACCCCAUGGUGCGGCAGCUCGAGGGCGAGGGGCUCGUCAGCUUGCGCGGUGAGAAGUGGGCGCACCACCGCAAGGUGCUCCAGCCCACCUUCCACAUGGAGAACCUCAAGAUGCUGCUGCCGUUCAUCGGGAAGACGGUCGUGGACAUGGUGGAGAAGUGGCACGGCAUGGCUGACACUGAGUCAGGCGAGGUCGAGAUCGACGUGUCCGAGUGGUUCCAGAUUGUGACAGAGGACGCCAUCACACGCACAGCCUUCGGACGGAGCUACGAGGACGGCAAGGCCGUAUUCAAGCUCCAGACGAAGCUCAUGGCCUUCGCCUCCGAGGCAUUUCGCAAGGUCUUCAUCCCUGGAUACAGGUUCUUGCCGACCAAGAAGAACACCAGCUCGUGGAAGCUGGACAAGGAGAUCAGAAAGAACCUGGUGACGCUCAUCGGCCGGAGGCAGGAGGCCACAGACGACGAGCGGCUCGAAGGGUGCGCCAAGGACCUCCUAGGCCUCAUGAUCAACGCCGGCAGCAACAGCGACAGGAGAACACAGCUGGUCAGCCCCAUUACUGUGAAUGACAUCGUGGAGGAAUGCAAGACCUUCUUCUUCGCCGGCAAGCAGACGACGUCAAACCUCCUGACAUGGACCACCGUGGUGCUCGCCAUGCAUCCAGAGUGGCAGGAGCUCGCCCGGCAGGAGGUCCUCGAAGUCUGCGGCACGCAGGACAUCCCCUGCCGCGAGCAGCUCGCCAAGCUCAAGACUCUCAGCAUGAUCCUGUACGAGACACUGCGUCUGUACCCUCCUGCGGUUGCAACGGUGCGGCGAGCAAAGUCCGACGUGGUGCUCGGCGGGUACCAUAUCCCGCGCGACACAGAGCUGCUGAUCCCGAUCAUGGCCGUGCACCACGACGUGCGGCUGUGGGGGCCGGACGCGACAGAGUUCAACCCGGCGCGGUUCGCGGAAGGUGUGUCACGAGCGGCCAAACACCCGACGGCGUUCAUACCGUUUGGCCUGGGCGCGAGGAUGUGCAUCGGCCAGAACCUGGCGCUCCUGGAGGCCAAACUCACGGUGGCCAUCAUUCUCCAGCGUUUCGAGUUCUGGCUGUCGCCCAAGUACAUCCAUGCUCCGACGGUCCUGAUGCUCCUCCACCCGCAGUACGGGGCACCCAUCAUCUUCCGAUCCCGCUCAUCUCAGACGUCCGAUCAUAUGACGACAUCUGUGAAAAGAUGAACGCACUAACAUUGUCAGUGUCAAUUGCGACUGGCAGAAUGACAGAAACAACCAUGCUCCUGGUGUGCUGCUUUGUCAUCCAGAGCGCAGAGAUGAUAAGAGCAAAGCGAACUAUCACCAACAGAACGACUACAUGAACCACCCCCUGUACUGUACUAACAUAUAUCCCUGCAAGCAGCUUAGAUUAGUAGAGAGUAACAGUUUAGAAGGCUUGAGCUGUGUAUCCCAAAUUUUCUGUCUUUUUGGGUUGAUGGUUUCUUCCUUCAUGGAUGGGUUUUUUGGUGGGUUUGGCGUAUGGAAAUGGAUUGCAAAUUGUACA